AUGGUAGAGCGACUUUGGACCUGGAUGAAAGCUGCCAAUCCUGAGUUUGGGCGGGCGGACAGCAAGCUCCAGAUGGCGAAACGGUCGAUGAUGGGCGGCCAACCCAAGCAGAUUUAUCAAGACAUGCUCACGUACAACACCAUACGAGGCCUAAGAUCGAAGAAGUUCGAUGUCCGAUCCAAGGGAGCGCUCCAUGUGUUUUCGACGGACUUUCGCGACAUUGCUCUGCGUCGUCUACACAAGAAGAUGCCGGGUCCAAAACUGAUGAUCCACGAUCUCCAGGAUCUCGAACAAUACGAAUUUUAUGAGGGGGCUGCAAUGCAUCGCUUACUGCGGACUGUUUUAGGUGCGAAGGAAGUGGCAAUACUAGCCAUGCUCGCUACGAGACAGCUGGAAGGGGAACCACUCCGAAUCGCGCGCAUGGUUCAAAGGGUGCAGUUCGACUCUUGGUACAAUCACAAGAUAAGGCCCAAAACUGUCAAACAGGCAUUUGAAAAAGGUUGGGAGAUUCGAAGUACCUCGUCACCUGGCAAGGCGAAAUCCGGUCCGGCACAACCCGGUGACUCCACGUACGCGAACGACAUUGCACGUGCCUUCCAGAAGCGCUGUGCUGAACUUGGUCAGCAACGGUACCACUUUUUUGAGCACUGA